AUGCAGUCCAUGCCAAUACUGCUCAAGCACUCACUCCGGUCCAGCCUUCAAUUAACACGAUCCUCGCCGGUGCGAGCACAUUUCCGCCCAGCCACCCCAACCUUUCCCAUCACCAGACCGACUCCGCGGAGCUUCUCCGCCUGCGUACAAUGUCAAUUCCGCCGACAGCCCGAGACAUAUGCUGCCUUUGAUGACAAAGAGAAGUUCCCCAGCGACGCUGAGAAGGUCAUUAAGGAGAGAGAGCUAGAGCUUGGUUCCCGCGACCCGGCCCCGAUCCCGGGUGUUGAGGUGGGGAGUUCUCAUGCUGCCCCCCCUCACACAGAGUCCGACCAGACUGCGGAACAAUUACGCACGAAGGAGAGUGAAGUAGAGAAGGAAAGGUCGGCACAGCUGGAGCAAGAUGCCAGUGAAGCCGAGGCAAAGAGUGGAGGUCUUCCUUCCUACCUGGAAAGCCGGCGGUCACAAAUGUCCAAGCAAUUCAGCACAAUGAUGGACAACCUGCAAUCAAACGUCUUCGUAGCAGGCCAACGACUCAACGACCUGACCGGCUACUCUAGCAUUGAAGCCCUAAAGAACGACAUCCACUUCCAAGAAAGCCGUCUCCGCACAGCCAGAGCUCACGUCAAACAAGCCAAAGAAAACUACGCCUCAGCAAUAAACCGCCGCUCAACCUCCCAACGCGAAGUAAACGAACUCCUACAACGCAAACACGCCUGGUCGCCAACAGACCUAGAACGCUUCACCCUCCUCUACCGCAACGACCACACAAACGAAGUAGCGGAAACCGAGACCUCGCACGCACUCUCAGCAGCAGAACGCGAAGCCGAAGAAGCAGCCGCCCAACUAAGCAAGAGCAUCCUCUCCCGCUACCACGAAGAACAAGUCUGGUCCGAUAAAAUCCGCCGCAUGUCAACAUGGGGCACAUGGGGUCUGAUGGGUGUCAACGUGCUUCUCUUCCUAGUCUUCCAGAUUCUCGUCGAGCCAUGGCGCAGAAAGAGACUUGUAAAGGGCUUUGAGGAUAAGGUCGUUGAGGCGCUUGAGAAGGAGAAGGAGCUUAACCGUGCUUUCCUGGCUGAGAGUGCUGUUUCGCUUUCGGCGAUCCCGUCCGAGGUUGUGGAUGCUACUUCUGAUACUGAGCCUUCAACUGUCAUUGAGGAUUUGCCGAAGGCCGUGCAGGAGACUCUCCCUGCUGAUACUGCUACUGCUACUGCUGCGCCUUCAACGGGUGACGCGAGUGUGAGUGCCGCUCAGUCGCUUCAGUCUCGCUUGUCUGGUAUCUCUUACCCGCCUACCUCUGUCGAAUACUGGAAGCAAGUCUUCCAUGAGUUUUUCAGUGAGCGAAGCAUAGCCGUCUCUCAGCGUGAUGUUACCACAGUGGCGCUUCAGAGUGCUGCGACUGGUGCUGCUGUUAUGGGUCUCCUCUUUGCCCUAUUUAGAUCUGGGUGA